ACCCAGGUACCAGUCUGCCCGUUCAUCCCCCCUUCAGCACCUGGUCUAGGUCUGGUCUGGUCUGGUCUGAGCCUAGCCCACCUGGCAGCCCUGGCACUUGGGCGGCCCAUCAAAACACAGGGGUAUCCAAGUACCCCAGGCCCCCAGAACACCCAUGGACGUCACACAUCACUGCUCCAGCCUCCAGCCCGCCUGGGUCCUCCCAAGCGCCGCAGCAGCAGCAGCAGCAGCAGCAGCAGCAGCAGCAGCAGCAGCACCAGUGGCAGCAGCAGGGCAAGCAGCAGGCAAGCAGCCAAGUAAGCAGCGAAGCGAAGUGCAGCAAAGCGCAGCCAGAGAGAGAGCACAGCAAGGCCCAGCCCGGUGGUCUCCCAGUCCAGCCAGCCCAGCCCAGCCCAGUCCAAUCCAAACUGAACUAAACGUCGUUGCCGCCCAUCUCCCUCCACAACACGACUUGCACUCGGUCGCUCAUCUUUUGUGACCACAAUCCACUCCUUUCAGCCCAGCCCAGCCUGCUGCUUGCACCCCCGCUGCCAGCUCAGAUCGAACGCUCUCGUCCCGCUGCACACACCACAUAGUCGGAAAACCAAACCACCUCUGAUUCAAUCCUGGCUCCCAACGCUGCGACCGGCUUGCCUGUGUCCCUGUGCUGAUCUACAGCACUGCCAGCACGGUCGUCCUUGCGUGCCGUACCCUCACGAUGACGUCCGCCGCAAACCCUCCGAACCCCCCCAAUAUUCACCCUCCGACCACUGCAGCUGCUGCAAACCAUGGCGGAGGGCCAAAUACCCAACCACCAACCCCGACUGCUUCUCACGCCUCCCCUCCCAGCAAACGCGACCUCAAGUCCUGGUGGAAAAAUUUCAAGCUCUCCAAGCAUGAGGAGUCACAUGGUGAAGAUCCCUCUACUCCUUGCCCUGCUCUUCUAGAACAAUGGGUUUCUCUUGCAGCGGCAUACCAUGGCAGCAACCCAGAUGACCUGCUGUCCCUGGAACAUGUCUCGCAGCAACAUCCUCACUUGCCUGGCCCUGUCACACCUCUGCUGCUCAGGCCCUCCCACAGCUUCAUCUCCAGCCCUGGCUGGUUGGGCAGGGCCUCACAGCAGCAGAGGCGCAGGACGCGACUCGGCGCCUCCCUGGGCGCGCAUCUGGGCGGAAGCCUGCGGGCUCCUCCUCUUUGUCUUUGCACCAUUGCUCCACCAGAAACCGCCCCGCUGACUUGUGCAGAAACGAAAGCACCCGGUAUCUUCGGCGUGCCGUUGCGACAGAGCAUCGUCUACGCGAACGUCGCCAUAUCGCUAGUCGACGACAACGGCAAGAGCUACAUAUACGGAUACGUACCCAUCGUGGUCGCGAAGUGUGGGGUUUACCUGAAAGAGAAGGCAACGAACGUCGAGGGAAUCUUCCGUCUCAAUGGGUCCGAAAAGCGCAUCAAGGAGCUCAAACAGGUGUUUGACUCCCCGGAUCGCUACGGCAAGGGCCUCAGUUGGGAUGGCUACACAGUCCACGACGCAGCGAACGUGCUUCGGCGGUACCUAAACGAUCUUCCGGAGCCCGUUGUGCCCCUUGAGCUGUACGAGAAUUUUAGGGGCCCGCUGAAAGGCGCGACCAAGUCGGCUGUUGGCGACGCCGACGGGCCUCAGUUCAUCGACGAGUUCGACGUCGAGUCCGCGAUCAAAAAGUACCAGCGCCUCAUCACGCAGCUGCCUCCUCUGAACCGACAGCUUUUGCUCUAUAUCCUCGAUCUGUUGGCCGUCUUUGCAGCUAAGGCGGAUGAAAAUCGCAUGAACUCGCAGAACCUAGCAGCCAUCUUCCAGCCCGGCAUGCUGUCGCAUCCCAGGCACGCCAUGGCCCCGGAGGAGUAUCGCCUCAACCAAUGCGUCCUCAUUUUCCUGAUUGAGAACCAGGACCACUUCCUGAUCGGAAUGCAAGGCACGGCUGCGGACGAGAAGACGGUGCAGGAGGUGCAGAAGGGCACCCCCGUCAUCAAUGCGCCUGUAACCCCCGGUUCAUCUCGUAAGUCCGGCGUCCACAGAUCUGCAUCUAAUGCCAGCGCCGCGGCGGAAAGCAUAUCCCGAGAUGGGGCCAUUCGACGAAAUAAAUCUACCAGCUCGAGGCACUCGCGCGCAUCAAAUGGUGCCCCGAGCCCUGGUAGCCCUGCCCUUGCGUCAACACCAUCCAGCGGGCUCGGCAGGAGCAAUACGGUUCCGUCCAAAAGGUCGCCGGCAAUCCAGUCUGGGAGGUUUGCGCACAUGAGGAACGAAGGGGCCGGCGCGCCUGUGUCACCACUGACACCUGUGGUAGCAUCUUCUGCGAACAUCCCGGCGCCUCCCACAGUCCAGGAGGUGGAGACACCCGAAGCCAGCGAGCAAUCGGAUCCACUGGCAAGCAGUAAAGGAGGCCUGACGCCUGGGUACGCACGUGAAAGGAGCCAGGAGCGCCUUCUGGAACCCAAGACAGCUCCAGAGGCCGCGACAACCCCGACCAAGGAGCGGAACCUGAGCAGCCUAUUCCAACGGUCGCCUACAGAAAAUAGCGAGAAGAAGCAACCCAACAAGCUUCGGAAGAAGCGCGUACCGAGCACGAACCCCAGUGCAGCAAGUUCUGCUGCGUCUCUUGCUCACUCCAGCGCGGUUUCGCCGACUGUCGAGUCUUUUAACCCGAUCGAGAGGAUGACGGAAUACCCUCAACAAGAAGCCGAGGUACCAGCGCAGGACUUGCCGAGGCCGGACGCGAUUGAUACCCCGUCUGAGCCCACGCCACGGGCCUCGCAGAUGCCGUCAAGUGGCCACUUGCCAAGUGAAAAUGCCGAACACGGGCUGAGAACGCAUCAGUCACCACCCACUUCCCUGCACAGUUCUUUCAACGAAGGCUCUGAUGCCGAUCGCAUAGAGGAGCCAAUCCCGUCUAUCGAGCAGGUUGAGCAUGGCGAACAGCAGGACAGGAAACGACGAUGGCGACUGUCACGCAAAAAGGACGACUUCCCCGAGGGUCCAGAGCCUGCCGUGACAUCGCCCCGGAGGAUUGGGUUCAACAGGACGGCCGAGACCAGCAACAGCUCUGUUGGCACUGACGUGAACAAACCUCGGCACAGUUUCACGGGAGACUCGUCCGAGCCGACCCUGGAAGCUCACUCCAGUAUCGACUCUGGCAGCAGAGAACAUGGCCAUAGCAGGGAGGAAUCAAGAGGGCUUUCUGGAUGGAUCAAGAACAAGAUGCGAGAGGCCAAGGAGAAUGCUGGGCGCACCAAAUCACCACCUGGUGAUCGUGGAUCCCUCAGCUCGGCACUCCCCGUGCGCGGAAAGAGCCUCGAUAUCAAACGGCCGGCCGAGGCAGAGAAAGAUGCCCCUCAGAAGGCACCAGAAGCCAACGCAUCUCAGCACUGAUGUGCGAGCUCAUUGUCCCAUCGAUCUGGCCAUGAACAGGAUAUUAGCAACAGCUGUGGAUGUACAACUACGAUGUACGAUUUUAAUGCCCCCUCUUUGGUUCCCAACUACACCCGGAAUUACAACCAUCGGACCCGAUUUUAUUAAUGUUUUCAAUCUUCAACUUUAUGGCGGUUUGGUUUUGGGAAUCGCCAGACCAAGGCAGGCAAAUUCAUGCAAGAGAGAGAGAGAGAGAUCAAGACAGCGACUUCGAAAGAGCAAAGACCACACACGGCAAGAGAGGCACGGGGAGAGGGGUGGCUGGCUCUCAUACUGAAGGAUUCAAUACGAAGGGAUGGACAAGAUGGGACCAGCUUUUGUUCGAACCUUGGGGGCCCAAGCUUUCUCAAAGUCGUCCUGUCAGGAAAGCUUUGAGCGAAAGCGGUGGGCUGCUACUGUACGGUAACGGCAUAUGUUGAUGUUACCUGUCGAUGAUUCUGCUGCUGCUACUUGAGGAUACCCUGGUUUAGCUACCUGCCUAUACGCGGUUUGGGAAUGAGAAAAGAAGAGUAUUAGGGAACAUAACCCCUGGGUGUGAUAACUUCCCCCGCUUGCCACAUUGCUACUGAAGCUCCAUUUGCUGUUGACGGGAUGCCACGCGGGUUUUUCUUUGCUUCUCGGUGACGGGCGGCCGCGUGGCCGGGUCGGGACAUGAGCGUGGGCGCAAUCUCGCCCGUGUCACGUAGGAGCCAGGAGCCGGGAAGAAGAAAGUCAAGAGGAAAAGGUCUCAGGAAUAGUCUUUCCUGCGGCUGUCGUUCCGAUGGCCGUGAGACAGCCGGGGGUUUACAGUCCGACUGUGUUCUUAAUAGAGUGCGAGCAGUAGGGUUUGGUGGGAUUACUGCUGUCCUAGAGCUCACACUGAGCCAAGUCCUCGUUCUGGACCGGGUGAGGCUCAAAUAUCUAGAAGACUUCACAAAACAUGUGCAUGAUCGAUCCUCAGGGCGGCCGGAUCCUGCCCGCGGGCACCUCGCUGGGCAACUGGGCUCGCCUCGGCUGCUGCUAGGACCUGGGCAAAAGCGGGAGGGUCUGGGGUUUAGCUGCAGUAGCGCGGCCGCUUCCCCAGGGGCUAGGGCCGUUUUAAGCUUGAAUCUAUGGGGACUUUUCCCCGAGUCCCUGGCAAAUGUGAGAGCGAACUCGGCGCGCCGUGCCCUUUUUUUGCUGGCUGUCCCUCUCUCUGUUACUCACAGAUUUCGA